CCACGUUCCACAAACUGGAUCACAUAAAAAAAAUCUCUUGAUGCCAUUGUUUAUAUGAAGUAAGAAAGACCAAAAUUUUUAGGCGAUUAUAACAAGAUUCACAUUCAAUCUCCAAGCCGAAGGCUGAAAUGAGAUACAGAAACGUGAUAUUGGUAUGGGCGAUCGUCACCUUACGUUUUGUCCAGAUAAAAACCCAAGAUGAAAGUGAUACGAAGAAACCAGAUAAAGAUGAACUAAAUAAGCCAAAGGAAGGUGAACCGGAGAAGCCAGAAGAAACCGGAAUUCUCAAGCUAGAAGGCGAUCUAAACAAACCAGAGGAAACCGUAGUGCAGAAGAUAGAGGACGGUGAACUAGACAAGCCAGAGGAAACUGUAAUGCGCAACCUAGAGGAAGGUGAACCUAAGAUGCCAGAAGAAUCGAACGGUCCCGAUGAAAUCGAAAAGGCAAAACCGACCUACAGAACUUUUACAGACCUGAAGAAUAUAUUAUCAUCUUUGGGUAGGACCGCGACGGCGAUCAAACAUCCAAUCAAGGGUUUGGCUGAUAUGUCCAAGACAGCCUUCAAUUCUAUCAUAAGUACCAACUCUCAUCUACUCGAAGGAGGCAUAGAUGUAAUUAAGAUAGGAGUUGACGGUGUAGCAUCAAAUAUAAUCGGAUUGGUGCCAGAUUUAGCCCCGUUGGUUCUGAAUGCAAGAGAAACGAUACAUAAUACAGCAGACAUAGCAAACCUGGCCGGCCAGACCAUCCUGACCGCCCACAAUUACGUCUUCAACAGGACGGCCGACGCCAUACACGACGGGACAGUAUUUGCGGCAGAUUACAUAGAGAAGAAGUUGAGCCCUCCUGCCCCUCCCCCCACUCCGUGCACCCUCCCGGAUUGUCCGCUCCCACCACCGCCCCCUCCAUAUCAGCCGAGUUUACAGGAUUUAAUAAAAAGAAUGUCCGCACACCACUCACAUGAAUGAAACUCAAGAAAUCUGUCAAUGGAUAUUAAAAACUCCAUUAAUGUUUGUAUAAUUGAAAUAAAAAUAAUGUUUAUUUAACUUUCUUUACCCUGUACUAUUCGCACCUUCCAUAAUAUGG